AUGACAGCGCCGCGGCGCCGGCUGGCUGAGGCCCCGCCCCCACGACCGUCCGCCCGCAGCGCGCGCUGCCAUCUGCCGGCGGGAAGUCCACUUACCAGCCGCCCGCGCGUGACGCGUGCUGCCAUCUGCCGGCAAGAAGUCCACUUACCAGCCGCCCGCGUGCAACGCGUGCUGCCACCCGACGGCAAAAAGUUCAACCAUCAGCCGCCCGAGCGCGACGCGUGCUGCCACCCGACGGCGAAAAGUUCAACCAUCAGCCGCCUGCACACGAAGCGUGCUGCCACCCGACGGCGAGAAGUCCAACCACCAGUCACGAGCUCGGGCCGCGUGCUGCUACCUAUUUUUAUAAAAGUUACUUCACCAGUCAUUGUGCGCGGCGAAUGCAGGUUCCUGCGGGACGCCGCGGAGCUGGUGCUGCGCGAGGCUGUGUUCUCCGGGUGCUCCCGCCAGGAGCCGGUGGUGCGCUGGCGCGACCCUGAUCACCUGCGCGAGCUGCUGGCGCCGCUGAAGCCGGGGGAACAGCCCGCCUCGCACGACGAGCUGUUGGCCGCCAUCAGGGAGGUCAUCACCUACAGCGUCAAGUUCGGCCACCCGCACUUCGUCAACCAGCUGGUGUCCAGCGUGGACCCGUACGGCCUGGCGGGCCAGUGGACCUCGGACGCGCUCAACGCCAGCGUGUACACGUACGAGGUGGCGCCCGUGUUCACGCUGCUGGAGAUGGAGCUGCUGGAGCGCAUGCGGCGGCUGGUGGGCUUCCGGAGCGGCGACGGCCUGCUGUGUCCGGGCGGCAGCCUCGCCAACGGCUUCGCCAUCAACCUGGCGCGCUUCCGCAGACUGCCGGGCGUCAAGACGGACGGCCUGCACGGCGCGCCGCGGCUCGCGCUGUUCGCCUCGGAGGACGCGCACUACUCGGUGCACAAGAUGGCGGCGCUGCUGGGGCUGGGCGAGGCGGGCGUGGUGGCGGUGCCCGUGGACGCCGCGGGGCGCAUGGACGCCGGGCGCCUGGACGCGCUGGUGCGGCGGGCGGCGGCGGGCGGCGCGCUGCCCUUCAUGGUCGUCGCCACGGCCGGCACCACGGUCCUGGGGGCCUUCGACCCGCUGCCCGCCGUGGCAGACGUGUGCGAGCAGCACAGCCUGUGGCUGCAUGUGGACGCAGCGUGGGGCGGCGGUCUGCUGCUGUCCUCGCAGCACCGACACCAGCUGCUCGGCAUCGACAGAGCGGACUCGGUGACGUGGAACCCGCACAAGCUGCUGGGCGCGCCGCUGCAGUGCUCGGCGCUGCUGGUGCGCGACCCGGACAUCCUGGGCGACUGCCACUCGCGGCGCGCGCCCUACCUCUUCCAACGGGACAAGUUCUACGACUCCCGCUACGACCUGGGCGACCGCCACCUGCAGUGCGGCCGCCGCAACGACGUAUUCAAGUUCUGGCUCAUGUGGAAGGCCAAGGGCACGCUGGGGCUGGAGAAGCACGUGGACGCGCUGGUGGACGCCGGGCGCCAGUUCGCGGCCAAGGUGCGCGCCCGGCCGGCCUUCAGCCUCGUCACCGAGCCGCACUUCGUCAACGUGUGCUUCUGGUUCGUGCCGCCGAGGCUGCGCGCGGCGCCGCGGCCCGCCGACUACGACCAGCAGCUGCACCAGGUGGCGCCCGCCCUCAAGGAACGCAUGAUGCGCAAGGGCAGCAUGAUGAUGAACUACCAGCCGCUCCGCGCAUGGCCCAACUUCUUCCGAUUCGUGGUGCAGAACUCCGGGGUGACCCACGAUGACCUGGACUACUUCCUGGACGAGUUGGAGCUGCUGGGUUCCGACCUCUAG